AUAAUAUUUUAGUUAAGUAAAAUACAGUUGAAAUAACUAUAUUUUUACAUUUAACAACUAUAAUAGUAUGUUCAAGUAACUAGUACACAAGUAGUUGAUUUAUUAAAAACGUAUUCAACUAAAAUAAUGUUGUAUUAGGUAACAUAAUGAUUGGUUUAACAAUAAAUUUAGUUGAAACUAUUUAACUACAACUUUUGAUUGAAUCAACAUCAAAUUUUAGUUGAUUAAUUUUGUGAACAAUAAAAUUUAGUACCGUUUACUAUAAAAUAUAGUUAUUUUUAUAUUUAUUUUAUUAUUUGAGGUUAUGUUACUAAUUGAGUAAUGUAACACUGCACAAAUGCGUCACUUAAAUACUCUACGGUUGUUACGAUUCCACGUGUUUUCGACGCCUCAAUAAUUAUUAAUUAAUUUCUAUUAAUUUUUGAUACCUGAAGGUAAUAACCAGUGUUAAAUUAUUUAGUUUUUUACAAGUUUUUACGAGCUAUAGUCUCAUCUAUUAAAAAAUUUAUUGUUCGUGUAUCGACGUUGAGUUUUCAAAAAUUCAGUCUCCAGUCAUACUCAUAAAAAAGUUACUGUGGACCUCCAGGUUUAUUAGCUACAUUAAUUUACCUAAGUUUCAACAAAUAUGGAUGACUUUACUGUAUCAACACUUAAGGAAUGGGGUUUUGAUAAUUUAGUAGACCGUUUUAAAGAAGAAGAAAUUGAUUCAGAAGCUUUUCUCGCAUUGACUGAAAAUAUGAUUGCUAAAUUAUUACCAACGUUAGGAAAACAAUCCAAAUUUAAUAAAGAACUCAUAAAAUUAAAGGAAAAAAUUAACAAAGAAAAGGAAACAUACUCACUAGUUUCUUCAGAUUCUUUGGGAUCGUUAACAGAUAGCCCAGAUUUAGAUAUAGCCAACUUAGAUUUUAUUAUUGCUAAUGGUUCAAAUAGUUCAAACCCAACUGUUCAAACUCUAUAUGGUACGGUAUGUGCUGAAGAUUUCAAUGUGGCAACUGGUUCACAAAAUGUGUAUACCAAUAUUUCCAAUACCACAGGGGUAACUACAGAAAAUAUAAAUUCUGGUGACGGUGAAUACAUUAAUAAUAUUUUAAAAAAAUAUAAUGAUGGAUUAAUGAUAUUAGAUUACUAUAAAUUUAAUAAUACUUUGAAUUAUACAAUAAGGAAUUUGCUAUGUUCAGUCAUAAUAAAACACGAGUUUCUUAAUCAAGGAAAUCAACAAAUUUCUAAAUCUAAAUUUAUUUAUUUAGCAAAAGGUAUUUCAUCAUUAUUUUCAUCUGAGAAUGAAAAUACAUAUUUUACUCCAUAUUCAAAACAAGGAUUGAUUAUAAGUCCUAAUAGAGGAAAGUUGUACGAUAAGUACUGCAAUUUAAAAAGAAAUAUUUUGAAACUAAAUAACAAAAGAAAAUCUGCAGAAUCUAAUGAUAGUCAAAAGCAUUUUUCUGAAGACGACUUUGAAGAUUCUCUGAAUUGGCUAAAAAAUAAUGUUGAACCAGAAAAUAUACUUCAUAAACUUUGGAAUGAAACUGCAGAAUUUCGAUUAAAUACACAAAAAAACUUAAAUGUUAUAGAUCUUUAUCCAGCUUUGAAAAAACCAACCGGUCAUUACCUUAUUGACUUAGAUUUUGGGCACUUGUAUCCUGGUAAGGGAAUGUGUCUGUUUCAAAAAUUUGAUUUAUUUAAAAAAAAGUUAAACAUUUUACUUAAACAGAAACCUAUUAAACUUGAGUCGACUUAUUCACAGUUUCUUAUUAAGCUUAACGAUCCUAAAAAGCCUGGAGAUGAUGAUUUGGCUUCACUAUUAUUACUACCAUUUAUGUUUCAACCUACAAAUGUAGUUCUUAAAAACAAAAAAACUCAUCGACCAUCCAAAAUUGAACAGUCAAGAGCUUUCAUUACUCAUAUUGUUUGUGCAAAUGAACUAAAAACUUUGCAUCAACAAAAAAAAGAUCGUGCACUUUUUUUGGGUUUGACUGUUCAACCAUAUGUUGUUGUAAUUGGUGAUAUUGAUGGGUUGGAUCCUAUUCAUGCUUAUACAAUAAUAGACAACACCCAAUACUUAUUGGAGACUCCUAUCAAAGCAGUUGAUGUGUGCUUUAAAGCUUUUCAUUCGCUGAAUCUUGAAUAUCCUAUUGAAUCAAAUCAAGUAUGGUGUUUUAUUGAACAUUAUUUUUAUAAUAUAGUUAACCCUAUAAAAGGUAAACAAUUUUUAUCAAUCCAAACUCUUGUAAAAGAUUUAAACUCUUGUUCGGAUUUAAAUACAACUUAAAUUGUAUAAACAAUUUGUUGUUACUAUAUUAUUAAAUUUAUCUUACUGGAAAUAGUAUUAUAAUUUAAUAUUUUUUUAAAAUUUAUAUUAAAAAAGAAAGAUUUUA